GACCGACGCGCUAUCAUAAUGACGCUGCGCAUGUGCCGUUUCAUGAGCAAAACAGUAAGUUGCUACUUCACAUGUGAAAUAAACUGCAUUUGAAACACCAAUAGAGCCGAUUUUACUGCGGAUUUCAGAAACCGGAAAGCCCUUCAAUAUCGUCCAUCCACCGGUGAUCAUGUCCUCUGAAGAGCUGCUGUCUGUAGAUUAUGAGGUGUUUGGAAGAGUGCAGGGUGUGUUCUUUCGAAAAUACACCCAGUCAGAAGGAACGAGACUGGGUCUGGUUGGCUGGGUGCAGAAUACUGAUGCCGGGACGGUUCAAGGGCAGCUGCAGGGUCCGGCCUCCAAAGUCCAGCAAAUGCAGCAGUGGCUGCAAACCACCGGCAGCCCUCAGUCACGAAUCGCCAAAGCAGAGUUCAGUAACGAGCGCGCCAUCGACAAACUGGAUUUUAAGAAUUUCAAAGUUGUUCGUUAAUAACAGAACAACUCAAUUAGUAUUUAUUAACAUAUACUACUUAUUUAUUUUAUUUUUGACCUAUUGUCUGUUACUGAUAAAUAUGAGGAAAAGCAUGUACCGCAGUACAUCUCAUUUUAGUUUUUUUUUUUUCAAAAUGACUCCUUAUUGACAUUAUAUAACAUCUGUUUUACAAUUUCAGAGUGCUUUACAUGAACACACCCUCCUCCUCUAACAAAUAAGACGCACAAUGCAAUAAAUCCGUGUUCACUCCUG